GUCGUUUAGUUGCCAAUUUGAAGCGUUCAAGACCGGACAUACGUGAGAAAGUAAUAGUGGUUAGUUCGGUAGUUGAACAGCUUAAGGAAAACUCCAAAGCAAGCAAAGCGUUUAUUGAAAGUGCGAGUGAGGAAUUUAAAAACCGCUAAGUAUUAUUAUAAAGCUCUACGCCGCCAAUUAAUAUAAAGGAAAACGUGCAGUGCCGAUUUUUUUGCCGAUAAAAAAGCUAAAGGUUUUCUGCAGUCUAGAAUAGAAAUGAAAGAUAAAGAAAUCUAACAUCACUUCACUCUAGAAGCCCAAGUUAUAUACGAAAAAGCGUUUAAAAAACAAUACAUUUUUGAGAACAUGAAGACGCUGAUAAUUAAUAUUUUACUGCUUCAUUGCCUAUUACACACAAUCAACUCGGCGGAGAAUUCCACCGAAGUUUUAACGAAAUUCCUUGCAAAUGUUAACCAGAAUCUAGCCACACUUUACAAUCGCGAAGUGCUCGCCAAUUGGCAGCUAGAAGUAAAGGGCCCAAAUUAUCUAUAUGCUCUAUUGCAGUCAGAGUUGACUAGCGAAGAGAUAAUGAAUUAUGUGCAAAGUAUGGCACCCAAGGUUACCAAGUUCCAGCGCUUAAACAUAGGCAAUCCACAACAGCAACGCCAGUUGUCACAGAUACCCGAAAGAGGUUACGAAGCACUGUCACCUGCGGAUCUCAAAUUGAUGUACAUUGUUACCAAAAAUAUGGGUGACAUUUAUAAGAAUACGAAGCUUUGCUCUUUCCACGAUCGAAAGCAAUGUAAUUACACCUUGAUACCGUCGGUGCAGCAUAUUUUACAUAAUAGUAAUGAUGUUGCUGAAAUUGAGUAUUACUGGUUGGAAUGGCGUCGGAAGACCGGUAUGCCCGCCAAGCAAGAUUUUGUGUCGUUUGUUGAGUUGUAUAAGAAGACGGCGCAGUUGAACGGUUUCCCCACACCAUCAGAAUUCUGGUACAAGGACCUUGAAGAGGAUAGCGCACAGACUGCUAGACUAUUGGAAAGUUUCAUGCAACGCUUGCAACCGCUUUUCCAGGAAUUCCAUGCUCAUGUCCGCGGAAAGUUGAGAAAGUUAUAUGGUGAGGAGUUGAUACCUCGCGGUAAGCCGUAUCCACAGAAUCUCGCAGAGAUUUUCAUAGGAAAUGCAUUUCGUCGUGCCGAUCCCGAAUGGUACAUAGAAUUCCCUUAUCCUGAAGUCGGUAUGCCCAAUAUUACCUCUGGCCUAUUGCGACGAGGUUUGAAUAAUGCACAGCGUGUAUUCUGGAAUGUAGCGGAAUACUUUCGCUCCAUGGGUAUGCCACAAAUCGAAGACACUUUUUGGUCACAUAAUGCUCGCCCUAAAGCCGAUUUGGAUGAAGAGGAGCUGCGUUGUUGGCAUAAAGCCUGGAAGUUUUAUGGCAUCAAGCGUGUUAACUUCUCCUAUUGCCCUCUGGUAGAUGAAGAAAGAUUCUUCAAUAUGUAUGAGGCGCUAACUGAGGUCUAUUACUAUCGCGCUUAUGACCAGCAGCCAACACUCUUUGCCGAGGAACCCUUUCCCAAUUUCAGCGAUGCUUUGGGAAAAAUGUUCGCUUUGUCGGCUUCGUCGCCACGCUAUCUGGAAAAGUUAAAGGUCUUAGAACGUGGUCGAGUGUCGAAGGAAUUGCGAAUUAAUCGACUCUAUUGGCAGGGUCUACGCACUAUAUUUCUGAUUCCUGUCUUCUAUGUUCUGGACCGUUAUCGAGUGGAUGUGCUGGAUGAGCGCUUAAAUAUUUCCGAUAACUGUGCCUAUUGGCAGCUGACCACGGACUUUACGGGUGCUGAGCCACCAGUGAGUAGAAGCAAUGAAGAUUUUGAUGCACCAGCAAAGUUGUUGAUAGAAGUGGACGAUCAAUAUACUAGUCAAAUAAUGAGCACAGUGCUGCAAUAUCAGCUCUACCAGCAUUUCUGUGAAAUCACUGGGCAAUAUAAACCAAAUGAUGAAAAAUAUCCACUCGAUUUAUGUGAUUUAUCCAAUCAACGCCAAAUUGGGCCGCUAGUGAUGGAAGCAAUGUCUUUGGGCUCGUCGAAAUCAUAUAAGGAUGUUCUCCAAAUAAUGGCAAAGGAAUCUGCUAUAAACAUGGAAGGGCUGCUGGCCUACUUUCAACCGCUUUACGAAUGGUUGGUGGAGCAAAAUCGUUUAGAUGAUGUGGAAAUUGGCUGGGAGCCAACAACUAAAUGUUCUUAAGAAAGCGUUCGUGCAAAAAAUAUUUAAUAAACAAAUAUCGAGUUUGUUUAUGUUGUGGCACAAAAGAAUGCAUAUGAAGUUCGCCGUACUAUGUGGUAUUAGUACUAAAUGUUUUUUUUUUCAUACAAUUCAAUAUUAAAAGUUGAUAAAGUAAUUUAUGAUAAUUUCGACUGUCAUGGAAAUACUUUUGAAGUUGCUUCCAAAUCUGUUACGCGGAGAUUUGCUGAACUAUAAUGGUAUUUUACCACAUAUACAGCUAUGUAGGUGUAUAAUAAAGAUUUUUAUUUUUUUAUUUUUAUUUUAUUUUAUUAAAGCUUACAUAA